AUGGAAGAGUGUCAUCUAGAAAAUGUAGAUCUAGUUUUUGUUAUGGAUGAAUCAAAAAGUGUCGGUCCACAAGACUUUCGGACUGGUUUGAAUGCCGCUGCUGACCUAGCCAGCUCUCUUAACAUUGGAGCCGGAGUUAACAGCAGUCGUGUAGGGUUUGUGUUAUUUGGAAACAACGCAAGACUUGGGUUCUCACUUACACAGUACAAUUCUGUGUCAGAAGUUGAAAAUGCUAUAAAAAAUCUAAAUUACGAAUCGGGAGGAACCAACAUCGCCGGUGGAAUGGAUUUUGCGAUUCGGCAGGUAAGAUUUUAACU